CCCGGCUGCUGUUGACACGGAGCCUUGCAGGGCGCUCUGCCGCUGGGAGCAGAACGGGGUCAGGUUGCUGUAACCUUACCACCGGGGGUCCUCUCAGUGCCCAGAGGUUCCUUGCUGCAGUGUGUUACUGAGCCUGUGACUGGCCCCUGCCUGGGGAUCGAGUUCUCAAGAUGGAAGACAAGAAGAAGAAGAGGAGUCCGAAGCCUGGCUUAGCUCAGCCUGUGUCGUCCAGCGCUCUGCGCAAGCUGCCCGUCCCCACCAGCAAAAGCACCACCUUCUCUCUGGGGCUGCCUCACCUGCCCUCACCAAAGCAACGGGCCAAAUUCAAAAGGGUGAACAAGGAGAAAUCUCGUCUGCCUCAGCCUGGGGGCAGUGGGGGCGCAGCACUGGGGGCCCCUCUGCAGCAUUCCUUCCUGACCGAUGUCUCGGACGUUUACGAGAUGGAGGGUGGGCUGCUGAACCUGCUCAAUGACUUCCACUCGGGCAAACUGCAGGCCUUUGGGAAGGAGUGCUCCUUCGAGCAGCUGGAGCACGUCCGGGAGAUGCAGGAGAAGCUGGCGCGCCUGCACUUCAGCCUGGAUGUCUAUGUGGAGGAGCUCUCUGAGGACCAGAAGAAGACGGUGGCAGAUAGUAACCUAGAUCAGCUGCUGACUAAUUUGGAAGAGCUCAGCAACUCCAUCCAAAAGCUGCACCUAGCGGAGAAUCCAGACCUGGAGGACGCUGCCGCUGCCACUGCCUAGCUGAAAAGGCUGCUUGGUCCCUCCAUGGGCAGCAUUGAGGAUUCUGGAGCCAAGGGAAAGCUGCACCAGUUUGAAUCUCUGUCAUGGCCACUUCUGAACUGUACAGAAAUGUAGGAGUAUAAAAGGAAGGACACCCCUAAGAGAUGGGGUUUGGGAGUGGGCUGGGGGAGGGGCAUGUUGUCUAAUAAUUUUGUAUCAAAAUCCAGGAUUUUUAGAGCAUCCGAAAAGGCCAAACACUGUCAAGGUAACUUGAAAAGUAAACCAGAAAAUCGUAGAGGAAAGACUGGGAAUCAGCAGUGCUGGGUUCUCUCUCUCCUGAUCUGUUCCCAGCUCACCAUGUGACCUUGGCCAAGUCGCUGCACCUCUCUGUGCCUGAGUUUUCUCUCCCCCCCCACCUUCUUUUUAAAAAUGGGGUUAAUGAUACUUGAGCAACCUUGUAUAAAGCUCUUUGAGAUUCCUGGAUAAAAGGUGCCAUAGCAAACAAAGUAUUGUUAAUAGGAGAUAGAACAUUUCAUUUUCAGGCGGUUGGUUCCACUCUGAUUCAGUUUGGACCAUUCAAGGGGCUGUGAGGGAAAUGAGUUUGGUGGGUUUCAGUCUGGUUCCUAAUGGACAAACAGCUACAUCACAAAACCUGCUGCUGUAACUGGCUUCCUUGUUGACAGUCCUCCCAACAGAAUAAUCAAGGCCUGAAAAGCCAUGAAGAUUGAACUCCCCUCUUUCCUCGCUCCCAGACCUUGUCUUUCUAAGGCAGGUUUGUGAAACAGUGGAAGAAUACAGCUGCUAGCUGUGCAGGAGCUGCAGAGGCAUUUAAAAUAUCUCUGGCUCCAGCCCUGUUGAUCUGGCAGUUGUCACCAGCAUGAAACUAACUGAAAUGUAAACACAGCAGCAGCAACCAAGAAAAGUGCAGUAAAGGCUUUUGUUGGUUUAGCUUCCGCCUGUUCUACAGUGCAGCUGCCAGCCCAGAACUGAAACCACCAGGAGAAGUGUGAUCACUUGAAAUGAAACAGAGGUUUUUGGGGCUAGCACAAAAAUUUCUGCUAAUAGUGUAACAAGUCAUUCACCGCUGCUGCUGUCUGAUCCUUUUCCUCCAACAUUUUUUAAUGGUUGAAUUUUUGCACUGAUAAAAAUUUUUAUAUUGAGGCCUAUAACUACCCCUCUUGCAAAAUACCCUGGGCUUUUUGUGGAAAUUCUUUCUAUGUGGGCUGGGUAAUAUUUCCAUUCCAAAAAGGAUAGAAAUGAUGACUUUGCUGGACCAGACAUCAAAAGUAAGAAGAGAGUUUAAACAAUUACAAUUUCUACACUUACACACACAUCCAGUCUUAAACAUCUAAGCUGCUUCAAUUUGACACUGAAGGUGAAUAUGAGUGUAUGUUUACGUGUCAGAAUGUUUUCUAGUAGUAGAAUGUAGCAC